UGGCCUCAGUGUUGGCUCUGUGGUUCAAAACUUGGCCUCAGAUCUCAAAAUUGAAAACCCUCACCCUGCCCAGAGAUCGACGACCGCCUCUGGGAAUUUCUCUCUCUCUCCGUCAUAACCAGUCAGUCGGAAUGGUUUAUAUCACAUCGUGGGACGAUUUCGUCGAGAGAUCGGUCCAAUUGUUUCGCGCCAGUCCCGAAUCUACGCGUUAUGUCAUGAAGUACAGACAUUGUGACGGUAAAUUGGUUCUCAAGGUCACCGAUAACCGCGAGUGCCUUAAGUAUAAGACAGACCAGGCACAGGAUGCUAAGAAGAUGGAGAAGCUAAACAACAUAUUCUUUACCUUGAUGGCUCGUGGUCCCGAAGCGGAUGUAUCAGAAGUUACUGGAAAAGAGCAAAUGGAAGCACAGCCAGCCAAGAAAGGAAGAGGAAGGAAACAAUAGCAUUGUUCCAUAGACGAAAUGAGGUUUAGGUUAAUUGUAAUAGGUGUCAUGAGAUGAUGCAAAAAGUUUUUUGGGGGAGGUUAAAUUCAAUACUUUUUGAUUAAUUCGUUACAACUAUUUUCCAUGGGGACUUAAGUUCUGUUUGGUUUCAGCAAAAAGUCAUUUUUUGGCUAUUUAAGUCAAAAAAAAAUUUAGAGGCACUUUUUUAUAGAUCAUUUUUCACCAA